AUGAAACACACUUCACGAUUCAUGCCCAUUGCGGCACUGCUUGCAGCUGGUGUGAGUGCACAGACAAGCACAAUCGUCAACGAUCCGCUCGACACAGGCGUCCUCACUGUCACUUAUUCUGUGUGCCCAACAGCCCUGACAACCACGACUACCUUGUCCAGCACACUCACCUUCUGCGGAGCGACCCUUUGCAAUGGAGCCUCUCCUACCAUCACCCCACCACCAAUGACGACUCCCGCUCCCAACGGAAACAUAGGUCCCGUUCUCGACUACACGAUGACCGGUGCCGACGGAAAGGUCACUGUUCUUCGACAGCAAACCUGGGUCUACGACCAGAUCUGCAGCGCUGGCAAUUGCCUCGAGCCGGCAACUUAUAUCAUCACCGAAACUUGUCCCUGCAUGGCUCAUCCUACUGCAACUGCUAUGCCAGCGGGCUUCACCACAACUGUGGUCCACUGCAAUGCCUGUGCGGCCGAUGGUGGUGUUACUACGGUUACUCUCACUACACCCUGCCCCACUGGGCCUUACGCGACUGUCACAGCCAUUACCGGCGGCUCUGCCUCAGCAGAUAGUAACGCUGGAGGACAUGCUGGUUAUGGCUCCGGCUCUGGU